UGAAUUGGGGAAUUGGGGUCCGGGAGUCCCAGGGUGUCCCGGGCACAGCCCAGUGCGGGGGUCCCGCUGGUGGAGGCGGAUCGCCCCCCCCUCCCCAGCCUCAGCUCUGCAGGGAGGGGGUGCGGGGUGACACCCCCAUCCGCCACGGGGUGAUACCGGGAGGCGGAUCAGCACCGGGUAGUGGGUUAUUACCGGGAGGGAGAGCUCCGCUCCGUGGGGCCGGACGCGCGUCCCCCCACGCGGGCAGGAGCCGGCGCUGGGCCAUGAGCAACGCCACGGCCCCCACGGCCCCGGGCGCGGCGGGGGACUCGCUGGUGGGCUCCGUGCUGGGACCCUUCCUCCUCCUCACCCUCCUCGGUGCCCUCCUGGCCGCGGUGAUGUACGUGCAGAAGAAGCGCAGGUCCGAGCGGCUGCGGCACCGCCUGCUGCCCAUGUACAGCUACGACCCCGCUGAGGAACCGCCCGAGUCGGAGCAGGAGCUGCUGGUGGAGGCUGAGGAGGCUCAGGUGGUGCAGGGCUGGGGGGGUUCCUCACCCCCUUGGCCCCCGCGCAGGGACUGGAGGGCCUGACCCUGCCUGGAGCACCGGGACGGGACCAGAGGGAGAGAGGACGGGGCAGCAGCACUGGUUCCAUCACCCAACAGCACUGGUUCCAUCACCCAAAACGGGCAGGACGUGCCCGCGGUGCUGCCACGAUGCCACAUCUGCUGCCCCCACCUCUAAGCACUGACCAGGAUGGGACAUCUCCUACCUCAGUGCCUGGUUUUGCCUUUUUUUAUUUUAAUUUUUGCUUGAACUGUUCCAGCAGCCCCUUGGAAAGCCCAGGAGGGCCCGCUGGGGCUGGCAGGGAGCAGCAGGCUCUGCUGGCACGGGAUGCCUGGGGGAAGAUGGGGUGAAUAAAUGUGUCUCUGCCUUGGC